AAGGAGCAAGAGAGAAAGAGGCAGUCUGGCAUGAUGGUGGAUUUUCAGUAUAUCCUGCCCAAUGAUAUUGGCAUUUCGACGCUGGACUGCGCUGAAGCCUUCCAGCUGUUGUCGCCGGAGGAGAAGCUGUACGCCCACUACCUCUCGCGGGCCUGCUGGUACGGGGGGCUGGUGGUACUCUUGCAGACCUCGCCAGAAGCGCCCGCCGUCUACGCCCUCAUCUCCCGGAUCUUCCGAGCCCAGGACCCGGCACAGUUAGGGGAGGUGGCCCGCUCGAUCGGUCUCUCUGAUGAAGAAUACCAGGCGUUCCUGGUUUACGCUGCCGCCUUCUAUGCCAACAUGGGCAACUACAAGUCCUUCGGUGACACCAAAUUCAUCCCCAACCUCCCCAAGGAGAAGCUGAAACAGCUGGUGUGGGGCAGCCAAGCCUUCGCAGAAGACCCAGAGAAGAUGGAGGCGUUGUGGGGCCGCUGUGGGGAGCUCAUGUUCUCCCUGCAGCCCUUGCAAAGGCAUUUGGGGCUCAGUGGCGAGGGCAUCUCUACUUAUUUUUCCGCCAACUGCCGCACGGAAGAUGCCAAGCUGGCUCAGGAUUUUCUCGACUCCCAGAACAUCAGUGCUUACAACACGAGGCUUUUUAAGACGGAGGCAGAUGGCAAAACGAACUACGAGGUUCGCCUGGCUUCGGUGCUUCUAGACGAUUCCCAGCUUGAUACCGAGAUGACCGACAAGGCAAAAUGCUUCCAGUUUGGCGGCUGCGUGUUCACCGUGACGCUAGGCGAUUACUCCCCGCUACUGGAGAAAGUCGUGGAGAAUUUGCGGAAGGCCCAGAAACACGCUGCCAACCCCACCCAGGCCGAGAUGCUGGCCCACUACGUCACCAGCUUCACGCAGGGCUCCAUCACGGCCCACAAGGAAGGCUCCCGCUGCUGGAUUCGCGACAAGGGACCCAUCGUAGAGAGCUAUAUUGGUUUCAUUGAAAGCUAUCGAGAUCCCUACGGUUCCCGGGGGGAAUUUGAAGGAUUUGUGGCUGUUGUGAACAAGGCCAUGAGUGCGAAGUUUGCUCGGCUGGUGGCAGCAGCAGAGCGCCUCCUGGAGGAGCUGCCUUGGCCCCGGUCCUUCGAGAAAGACACGUUCCUCAAGCCCGACUUCACCUCGCUCGAUGUGCUGACCUUCUCCGGGAGCGGGAUUCCCGCCGGCAUCAACAUCCCAAAUUAUGACGACAUCCGCCAGACGGACGGCUUCAAGAACGUCUCGCUGGGUAACGUGCUAGCGGUGGCGUAUUCCACGCAGAAGGAGAAGCUGACAUUCCUGGCCGAGGAGGACAAGGAUCUGUACAUCAAAUGGAAAGGGCCGUCCUUUGAAGUGCAAGUGGGCCUCCACGAACUCCUGGGUCACGGCAGCGGCAAACUCUUUGUGCAGGAUGACUCAGGGGGCUUCAACUUUGACCAGAAGGCAGUGAUUAACCCGGAGACAGGAGAGCAGAUCCGGAGCUGGUACCGAGGUGGCGAGACCUGGGACAGCAAGUUUUCGAACGUGGCUUCGAGUUACGAGGAAUGCCGGGCGGAGUGCGUGGGGCUAUACCUCUGCCUGAACAAGGAGGUUUUGGGGAUCUUUGAAUUAAAAGGCGAAGACGCUGAGGAUGUGAUCUACAUUAACUGGCUGAACAUGGUGCGCGCUGGGCUGCUGGCCCUGGAGUUCUACACGCCAGAGUCCGGAACAUGGCGGCAGGCUCACAUGCAGGCCCGCUUUGUUAUCCUGAGGGUUCUCCUGGAGGCAGGCGGGGGGCUUGUGUCGCUACGCCAUACCACAGGGGCGGACGGCAAACCCGAUGCGGUCGUGUCGCUGGACCGCAGCAAGAUCGCCACCGUGGGGAAGCCUGCUCUGGAACGCUUCCUCCGCAAGCUACAGGUGCUGAAGUCCACAGCGGACGUGGCCGGAGGGCGAGCGCUCUACAACGCCUACUCAGCGGUGACGGAUGAAGAACCGGAGCACUUCCUCGCCUUGCGUCACACGGUGCUGUUGCGCAAAGAGGCCCGUAAGCUGUUUGUGCAAGCGAACACCCGCCUGGAAGGAGAGGACGUGGUCCUAGUGCAAUACGACAGCAGUGCAGCGGGGCUGGUCAGAUCCUUCCGCGACCGCUUCCCUGAAGAUGCUGAAGUGCUGGAGCAACAUCUGCUGGAGUUGGCACGCGCUGACGCUCACUUCUGGAAAAGCUGAGGCCGUGGUUCUGCCUGCCGCCACAUCGGAUCCCUCUUGCACCCCUCAAAUAACGGAAAUAACGGCACGGCCACAGGCCCAGCGGGAUACAGUCAGCGGUCCCUCUGCCCUGGGAGGGGCGGGGUGGGCGCUGCCCUCCCAUCGCACUAGGAAUCCAAU